AUACCACUACGUAUUAGUUCUUAGUUCAGUCAGUCGAUGAAUGGAGGAUAUAAAAUACUCUUGUGCUAACUGUGACCACAAUUUUUUAAAAUUUGUGUCGACUCCAUCAUCUCGUUAGUUUUUGUGGUGUGUAAUUAAGGCAUGACGACUUUAUACAUUUAAAUUUAUAGUUGUGAAGUUUGACUUGACAAUGGUUGGCGUCGGUGAAAUGUUUUUGCGAAGGUUUCUAUCAACCUUCUUCGGAUAUCUGCUUCUUAUACACAUAGCGGAAUACAUUCCAACGGCGUCUGCAGAAGGCCAUUGCGUCUGGUAUGGCGUAUGUAAAAACGCGACUGAAAAAACACUAAAUUGCUACUACGAUGGUCCUGCGAAGCCCCUCGAUGAAACAGCACGGCCGAUCAUUGACAAGUAUUGCCCAGAUCUCGCAGCCGGGGGCCUUACUUGCUGCGACAGAGAGCAAUUGCAGAACUUAAACGAUAACAUAAUAAAAGCAGAGAAUAUUCUGUCAAGAUGUCCGUCUUGCUUGGACAACUUCUACAAGCACAUUUGUGCGAUGACCUGCUCGCCGACUCAAAGCGACUUUUUGAUGCCCAAACUAGAACAAUUCAAUUCUACACACAAAAGGGUAGUGGAGCUCAGUUAUCAUCUAAGCGCGACGUACAUGAACAACACGUACAGUUCAUGUGCGAAUGUCCAAAUGCCAUCUACAAACCAGCUCGCCAUAGACCUUAUGUGCGGCGACUACGGUUCCAGUUUCUGUACUCCACAGCACUGGUUCGAUUACAUGGGCGACAAGGAUACGCCCGCCGUGCCGUUCCAGAUUAAUUACAUCAGCGGAGAUGAACCGGUCGAUGGGUUCACGCCUUACAAUCCACCAACCAAGCCUUGUAACGUCGGCUUGCCUGGCCAGCCGGGCUGCUCGUGCCUGGACUGCCUGGAGUCGUGCCCCGCGCCGCCGCCCGCGCCGCCCGCGCCGCGCCCCUUCAGCAUCCACGGCGCCGACGGGUACGCCGUCAUCAUGGCCAUCGUCUUCCUCAUCUUCACCACGCUGUUCCUCAGCGGCGUCUACUGCUGCAACCAGCAGGAGAACGUUGUCGACUGGGCGGGCGGCGCGCGGCGUGGCGGGCCCGAGACCAGUCCGCUCCACAGCCAUCGCUCCAGCGUUGCUUCAGAAAACAAUCAGGAAAUGGCUACCAAUCCCACGUCAGUUGGUUGGUCUGCAGAUCAGCCGGAUGGUGCUGACGACGCCACUUUCUUUGAGAAACUAGGCGCAGAGACUGAGACUAAAUUGGAGGAUUUCUUCCAGUGGUGGGGUUGUUUGAUGGCGUCGAAACCAUGGAUUGUCCUAUUCCUGGGUCUUUGUGUAAUUGUCGCACUCGGCCACGGUAUAAGGUACAUGCAAGUGACUACCAAUCCGGUGGAACUGUGGGCAGCUCCGAACUCCCGUUCCCGUCUCGAGAAGAAGUACUUCGACUCUCACUUCGAGCCUUUCUACAGGACUGAGAUGUUGAUCAUCAGCUCGAAGGGCCUGCCCGAUAUAGAGUAUAAGUCGCCGAACGGUAACGUCAUGUCGUUCGGUCCAGUAUUUAACUCCACUUUCCUUUUGAAAGUCCUCGAUUUGCAAAAUAGGAUUAUGGCACUGGGCAACACGAGCCGCAUCGAGGACAUUUGCUUCGCGCCGAUGUCAUCCCCCUUCAGCGGGCCCGUGACGGCCGACAACUGCGCCGUGCAGUCCGUGUGGGGGUGGUGGGAGAACGACCCGGACCAGGUCACCGACUACCUCGACGACAACCAGUACCUCGAGAAGAUUCUCUCCUGCUCCAAGAACCCGUACAGCUGCCUGUCGGUGUGGGGCGGGCCCGUGCUGCCGGGCGUGGCGCUGGGCGGCUUCCUGUCGCCGGCCGAGCCGCUCUCCAAGACUUCGCGCUUCCACCGCGCCACCGCGCUCAUCCUCACCUUCCUCGUCAACAACCACCACGACAAGGAGAAGCUGAAACCGGCUCUCGAAUGGGAGGAAGAGUAUAUCAAAUUCAUGAAAAAUUACACUGAAAACGAAAUGCCCUCGUAUAUGGACAUCGCUUACAGUUCAGAGAGAUCAAUCGAGGACGAGUUAGACCGAGAGUCGAAAUCAGACGUAUCCACCAUACUCGUGUCCUACUUCAUUAUGUUCGCGUACAUCACGAUAUCUCUGGGGAGAUUCACCACGUGCUCCAGGCUGCUGAUCGACAGCAAGAUUACGCUUGGUCUCGGAGGUGUGCUGAUCGUGCUGGCGUCCGUGGUGUGUUCCAUGGGCAUCUUUGGGUUCUGCGGCGUGGCGGCGACGCUCAUCAUCGUCGAGGUCAUCCCGUUCCUGGUGCUGGCGGUGGGAGUGGACAACAUCUUCAUCCUCGUGCAGACCAGCCAGCGAGAGCCGCGCCGACCGGACGAGACCGUGGCGCAGCACAUCGGCAGGACGCUGGGGCAGGUGGGCCCGUCGAUGUUCCUGACGUCGGUGUCGGAGUCGGUGUGCUUCUUCCUGGGCGCGCUGAGCGACAUGCCGGCCGUGCGCGCCUUCGCGCUGUACGCCGGCGCCGCGCUGCUCGUGGACUUCCUGCUGCAGGUCACGUGCUUCGUGGCGCUGCUGGCGCUGGACACGCGGCGCCAGAACGACAACAGGUUCGACGUGCUGUGCUGCGCGGCGGGCACCAAGGCGGACGGCGCGGCGGCGGGCGAGGGCGCGCUGUUCAACCUGUUCCGCUACGUGUACGUGCCCUUCCUCAUGAAGCGCGAGGUGCGCGCCUCCGUCAUGAUCAUCUUCUUCGCCUGGCUCUGCUCGUCCGUCGCGGUGGCUCCACACAUAGACAUAGGUCUCGACCAGGAGCUCUCCAUGCCGCACGACAGCUUCCAACUGAAGUACUUCAAACAUUUGAACCAAUACUUAAAUAUUGGCCCGCCGGUGUACUUCGUUGUGAUGGAUGGAUUAGAUUAUUCAGACCGAGACGUCCAGAAUAUGGUCUGCGGAACCAGAUACUGUAGAACUGACAGUAUUGCAAUGCAACUGUAUUCUGCGUACCGUACACCGAACCUAACGUACAUCGCUCAGCCACCGAACUCGUGGCUGGACGACUUCUUCGACUGGGCCGCAUCGUCAGCCUGCUGCAAGUACUUCCCCUCAAACAGCAGCUUCUGUCCUAACGAUUACUCAACGUCUCCACCGUGCCUCAAGUGCGCCAUCCCGCUGGAGGGCCCGGAGCAGCGGCCCAGCUCCACCGACUUCCAGCACUACGUGCCCUUCUUCCUGCAAGACAACCCCGGGUUCUCCUGCGCCAAGGGCGGCCACGCCGCUUACUCGCACGCCGUCAACUAUGUCAACAACCGCACGCACACCCGCAUCGGCGCCACGUACUAUCAGGGCUACCACACGGUGCUGAAGACGAGCGCGGACUACUACUCGGCGCUGCGCGCGGCGCGCUCGGUGGCCGCCAACCUCAGCGAGACGCUCAACCGGAACCUGCGCGAGGCCGGCAAGAACUCCACCGUCAACGUCUUCCCCUACUCCGUCUUCUACGUCUUCUACGAGCAGUACCUCACCAUGUGGCCCGACACGCUCAAGUCGAUGGGCAUCUCCGUGCUCUCCAUCUUCAUCGUCACCUUCAUUCUGAUGGGCUUCGACCUCUUCUCCGCUCUGGUCGUCGUCAUUACGAUCACGAUGAUCGUCGUCAACCUCGGCGGUCUCAUGUACUGGUGGGGUAUCAGUCUCAACGCCGUGUCGCUGGUUAAUUUGGUGAUGGCGGUGGGCAUCGCGGUGGAGUUCUGCUCGCACCUGGUGCACUCGUUCAGCGUGUCGGGCGGCGGCGGGCGCGUGGCGCGCGCGUCGCACGCGCUGGCCACCAUGGGCUCGUCCGUGCUGUCCGGCAUCACGCUCACCAAGUUCGGCGGCAUCAUCGUGCUCGGCACCGCCAACAGCCAGAUUUUCCAGGUGUUCUACUUCCGCAUGUACUUGGGCAUCGUGUUGUUCGGCGCGGCUCACGGUCUGAUAUUCCUGCCCGUCAUGCUCAGUUAUAUCGGGUCGCCGGUCAACAAGCAGAAGCUGGCGCGGCAGUUGCUGCGCGGCAAGGAGGCGGUCGCGGAGACGUCGCUCACGCGAGUAAGCGCGCCAACACACCGACACUAUAACUUUGACACGCUACUCGCGUGAACGCUUGCACGCACGAGACUGGACCUUCACGUCCGGGGACUUUGACUAGACUUUGAAUCAGCAAACUUAAAAAAUAUAUCGAUACAAUCGUUAUAUUGUAAUUAUUUUUAUCAUCGUCAGUUUUGAGCAGCUGUCGAUUAUUGUACUAUUGAUUUUAUUGUAUGUUUAAAAAAAAAAGAGAAUCAAGUCAAAUGCCCUGUCGAUUUAAAAAAUCCAUUCGAUUCAGAGUCGUAAUCGGCUGAACCGUUUCCGAUUGUCCAUUCAUUUCGCGUCUCGCUCACUUGUUCGAUAUUCAAUCUAAAUCAUAAUAAUGUUGUGGAUUUACGAUUGAUCAUUGACAUGACGGUUAGGAGGUAGCUUGCACGUUUAUCUUUGUACUGCAGAAGUGAUGAGUAAGUUAUAAGAAAUGCGAUUUUAACAUAAGCUUUGCUACAAUCGGUACGUAAUGAUGUUAAAAUUUUGUUUCCUCAAUUUGAAUGGGACAAUAGUGACGUGCAAAGUUCAAUCUCGUUUCGAUCACUAACUUAUCGAUAUUUUUUAUUUGUAAACAAAACUGGUUGAGUGUCACAGCAACAUUGCAAAAUUAUUUAAACAGCUGUCGAACUUAGUCACUUGUGUUUUUGCGACAUUUAGCAACUUUCGGUUGUAUUUUGAAGUAAUAUUUAAUGAUGGAAAGUUGAAUUUGUCGCAUUGACUUGUACACGGGAAUUUGGUACUCCCUUUCUUGAUAAUAAUAUUAUUAGCAUUUAUAUGUAAAGGAGAUUUGCAAUCGACUAGAUAAUGUCGUUGAUUUUUAUUGAAAUUAUAUAAAUAGAUGAUAUACAAUGUGAGAUUUUUUAUUAGAAGAUUCGUGUCGCAUUGCAAUGUUCCUUAAAGGGUUCGGUUCUAACCACUGGUUGGUUAAAGGGACCUGUAGAAUAUUAAUUUUCCUUCAAAUUUGCAUGUUUCGUAUUUCAUGUUUAGAUGUAUAUUGACAUUAGUCAUUCCUAAUAUUUCGAAUUUAAUUAUUUUGAUAAUGUUAUUUAUCGAUACAUCUGCGUGUACGUCUCUACAAUCGCAUUUGAACGUAGUAGCGUCGUGUCCUUGUCCUCGAGUUCGCGAUGUGUACUUAAAUCGAUACACCUAAAGGGAUGCGCGGAUUAAUUCGAAUAUUCAUAGUAAAUAUUAUUAUAUUUGUACGUGGAUAAAUCGCGUUUCUUCAUAAUAUAGUGCACAAGGCUUUAAUUUCGUUGAUAAUUACGCAAAUAUAAUUUUCAUGAUUAUUAUUUUCUGCGCUUCGACGCUUUAUUUUCUUUUAUAUUUACAUUCUGUGCUUCAUGUUUUUAUUUAAAUUGUAAGUUAUUUGGAAGUAUUAAAUUAUGAAGUAUCCGAAAUCAUAUAAAAUUAUUUUUAAUUUAUAUUAUCAAUAAGUUCCUUAUAUUUAAAAAUUUUAGAUAACAACCAGAACAAAAAACUUAUUUAAUUAGUGAUCAGUAAUAGCAAAAGAUGUUGAAAAAUAUUAAAACAUUUUACAUCCAGUGACGUACUAUAAUGUAUAGUAGGUAUAAUUUAAUGUAACACGCUGUAGGUGAAAAUAAAGAUAAUAAAUAUUUUUAGAAGAUUGUACUUGAAAUAAUUUUUAUAUCGGUUUGUUUUUAUCGGCCUUGGAGUUAGUCAUUUGUUAUAAUCUCAAAGGCUAAUUAAUAGAGACAAUAAAUUUUUAAAUUGGAAAUUGUCAAUAGUUACGUCAAAAUGUUUGAUUCUUCAGAUAUAUAGAGUGACGUGUUAGUUGACGAGAGAUGCGAUUUUGGUUAACUACCUUUAUAUAAUGCUAAUUCUGUUACUAUAUAAUCUUUUAAUUUAUAUGGCAGCACUAAAACAUAAGCUGUCAUUUUUGAACCAUUGUUAUUGCAAAAUGUCGUGUAAUGUAUGCUUAGUAUUUUUUUUAAAUUAUAUUCUAUUUUGAUAUCGACCUUUUUAAAGUUGGUAAGUUAUAAAUUCGAAUUAUUAAAUUUAUAUAUUUAAAAUUGGAACAAUUGUUUAUAUGCGAGUUAGACUUUUUGCAAUAACAGUGACGAGAAAAAGGGAGAAGAUUGUGUAUUACGGAAUAGUAUUAUUUGCAUUGAAUAGUUGUUCGUCAAUAAUUUUCAAGGUAAGUGAAAGUCUCGUCGCUGGUUGUAAAAGUCCUCUCCGUGAAAACGAUUUAAUUUAAAUGAUUAUUGUGUUUAUUUACUUAACUAACAAUGGGAAAUGCUAGGUAUUAACUUAUUUCUUAAAAAAAUGGUGUCGGUUUUAUUCUUUUUUCUUCAUAAACGAAAUAUAAAGAGGCGCGUAUUUUUACAGGUACGCCUUUAAAGACCAAGGAAAUUAAGAAAAUAUAAUUAUUUAUAUUGUUUGUAAUGUAGCUCUUUUGGUGAUUUUACGAUUUCUUUUAGUUUAGUCAAUGUGAUGUUAUUUCCAGAGAUUUUCUUAGUAUUGCCCUCUAUGUUCCUAUAUGAUUGUAUAGACGAUUUGUAUUGAUAUCAAAUGAAAUAUUUUAUCGAAUUGUCGUAAUGAAUAUGCAAAUAUAACAAUAAUUGUAAAAAGAUUCGAAUGUUUUUUAAAAACUGAAUCUCCUACUUAAAGUUAGUACUUAAAUAGAGGGAAACGCUUUCAUUGUCCAAAGGUUAUGGUUUAAUUUAAUGUUAUAACCGAUAACUUAAUGUAUUAGAAAUAAAUUACGUUUUUUUUU